AGUGGGCGAGACUCCCGGGGAAGGCAUGCAAAACAAAGCAGCUCAGUUAACUUGAGGAAGGAACUGUACCACUCGGGCUGCUGCACAGUAACGGAAUGCAUUUAGUUAACACAAACAUGGCUGCUGCCUUCAGAGCUGCAAACCGAGCCUUGUACCCAUUCACAGCAAGCAAUGGCUGCAGUCGGGCAAGAGUCCAGCUACAAGGGAGAUGUCGGUCAACAGCAACGGCAGCUGUGCAGGCCAAAAAAACCAAGCCUCAGACCCAACCUGAAAAGAGGAAACCUAAAACGGGGAUCUUGAUGUUAAACAUGGGAGGCCCAGAGACACUUGGAGACGUCCAUGAUUUUCUGCUAAGGCUUUUCCUCGACAGAGACCUGAUGACUCUUCCGGUCCAAAAUAAGCUGGCGCCUUUUAUUGCCAAGCGACGUACGCCCAAAAUCCAGGAACAGUAUAGUCGGAUUGGUGGAGGAUCGCCUAUUAAGAAAUGGACUGCUAUGCAAGGAGAAGGCAUGGUGAAGCUGUUGGAUGAAAUGUCUCCUCACUCCGCUCCGCACAAGUACUACAUCGGUUUCCGCUACGUCCACCCUCUGACGGAAGAAGCCAUUGAAGAGAUGGAGGAGGAUGGCAUUGAACGGGCUGUUGCUUUCACGCAGUACCCACAGUACAGCUGCUCCACCACAGGGAGCAGCUUAAACGCUAUUUAUCGCUACUAUAACAAAAAGGGGGAUAAGCCAAAGAUGAAGUGGAGCACAAUUGACAGGUGGCCAACGCAUCCCCUUCUCAUUCAGUGCUUUGCAGACCACAUCCAGAAGGAACUGGACUUAUUUCCACCCGACAAAAGGAAAGAUGUAGUUAUCCUGUUCUCCGCUCACUCUCUGCCAAUGUCUGUAGUUAAUCGUGGCGAUCCAUACCCACAAGAGGUGGGAGCAACCGUUCAGAGGGUUAUGGAGAAACUCAACCACUCCAACCCAUAUAGGCUUGUGUGGCAGUCCAAGGUUGGUCCUAUGCCUUGGUUGGGUCCUCAGACGGAUGAGACGAUCAAAGGGCUUUGCCAGAGGGGAAAGAAGAAUAUUUUGCUGGUUCCAAUAGCGUUUACUAGUGACCACAUAGAAACACUCUACGAACUGGACAUCGAAUACGCACAAGUCUUAGCCAGUGAGUGCGGAGUCGAAAACAUCCGAAGAGCAGAAUCCCUUAAUGGAAACCCAUUGUUUGCCAAGGCCCUCGCAGACUUGGUCUCUUCCCAUCUCAAGUCAAACGAAAUCUGCUCCAAGCAGUUAACCCUCAGUUGCCCUCUUUGCGUGAAUCCCACUUGCCGAAAGACAAAAUCGUUCUUUACCAGCCAGGAGCUGUGAUGCCGCAUCUGCAGUGGGUUCACCUGACAAGAGAGUAUAACCCUGCGGAUCCUGCCCCGUGCGCCCGUUUACACUGCUUUCUUUUGCCCCGCUCAGGGCCGCUUCAGACGGGACGAUUAUACUCCUCUGUAUGCUAAGAAGGGUCCCAAAUUGGGUUAGCACUGGGC